UAUCCAUGUUCAUCAACUGCAAAAGAUACUUGUAAUCAAUGGCCGCUUCCCAAUUCCUGUGUGCUCACCCUUCUUUCAACGGAAGGAAGACCAGUAAUUUCAUUAGAAAAAGCAGUUUUCCCGCAUUUCGGGAACGUGAGCCUCGUAGUUUCGGUGAAAAACUUCAAUUUCAGAGAAACCCAUUUGUCAAGGCUGUGGCUUCUGACUCAGAAAAGAGCAGAAAACAAGUGGAGUUAGUGUAUGAUCCUGAAGAAAGGUUAAAUAGGUUGGCAGAUGAAGUGGAUAAUAUCACUGGCCUUUCAAGGCUCAAUCUGUUUUCACCUUGCAAGAUUAAUGUAUUUUUGAGAAUUACUAGGAAAAGAGAAGACGGAUAUCAUGAUUUGGCAUCUCUAUUUCAUGUAAUUAGUCUAGGAGAUAGAAUUAAGUUCUCAUUGUCCCCAGCAAAAGGAAAAGAUCGUCUUUCGACCAAUGUGACUGGAGUCCCCCUUGAUGAUCGAAAUUUGAUCAUUAAAGCCCUUAACCUGUACAGGAAAAAGACUGAUAGUGACAACUUCUUCUGGAUCCACUUGGAUAAAAGAGUGCCUAUGGGAGCUGGACUUGGUGGUGGGAGUAGCAAUGCUGCAACUGCACUGUGGGCAGCGAAUCAGAUGAGUGGCUGUGUUGCCACUGAGAAGGAACUCCAAGAAUGGUCAAGUGAAAUUGGGUCAGAUGUUCCUUUCUUUUUCUCCCAUGGAGCAGCCUAUUGUACAGGUAGAGGGGAGGUUGUUCAAGAUUUUCCUCUCCCGAUACCCUUGGACAUGCCAAUGGUUCUUGUAAAGCCACAACAAGCAUGCUCCACAGCUGAAGUUUACAAGCGCCUUCGGAUGGAUCAGACGAGCAAGGUUGACCCUUUGGUUUUGCUGGAGAAGAUCUCAGAGAAGGGAAUAUCUCAAGAUGUUUGUGUCAAUGAUCUAGAGCUGCCUGCGUUUGAAGUGCUUCCAUCCCUUAAAAAGUUGAAACAACGUGUCCUUGCAGCUAGUCGCGGGCAGUAUGAUGCUGUUUUCAUGUCAGGAAGCGGAAGCACCAUUGUUGGAAUUGGAUCUCCAGAUCUCCCACAAUUUUUAUAUGACGAUGAUGAAUACCAGGAUGUAUUUUUAUCAGAGGCACGCUUUCUUACCCGUGGAGAGAACCAAUGGUACACAGAGCCUGCUUCGACAACAUCGUCUUGUGACUCAUCCAUGGAGUUCUCAACAACCGAGGAGGAUUGAUCACCAUCU